CUAAUGUUGUUACAUCACUUGGCUGCCAGCAGCAGCAUCCGCUCAGAGGGUCCGCCUUUGAGGAGCAUCAGCUAGAGCUUGUCCAUAUUGUGCAUAUACAACAUCUUAAAUCGGCUGAGUCACACCUACACCGGCGGUCUCAGUUAUAACAAUAAAAUACGACCAUCAACAAGGAUUAAAAUAAAAAAAACGUUAGCAGGUUUUACACCCUAUCGUCUCGAAAAAUGGUUAAAUUGGGGAAUAAUUUAAGUGACAAAAACAACGCCAAAACCGUCUCAGAAGAUGGAUUCGACACCAUUCCCCUCAUAACACCCUUAGAUGCCAGUCAACUGCAGUUCCCUGUACUCGACAAGGUGGUGGUAAAGACCAAAACAGACUAUGAUGGGGAGCACAAGAAGAGCAAGCUGCACACACCCAAGAUAGCAGCUUUCUCAAUAAGCAUCAUUGAAGGGGUAUCUGAGCGACUCAAAGUCACUCUGCUGGUGAUUUGUGCUUUGGCAUUUCUGGUCUGCGUGAUGUUUCUGGUGGUCUAUAAAGUUUACCAGUAUGAGCAGCCCUGUCCAGAUGGCUUCAUGUACACGCAAGGUCGGUGCAUGCCGGCGGGGAUAUACGGCUACUACCCCCCUGGUGGUCGCGGGCGUCUCUUCACCAUCAUCAACCACUACAACAUGGCCAAGCAGACCAUCACCCGGUCCGUGUCCCCGUGGAUGACCGUCAUGUCAGAGGAGAAGAUCACCCAGCAGGAGACCGAGACCCACCAGAAGCUGGCCUAAUCCACUGGGCUGUAUUCAGAGAAGUGAAACGUUAAGAAUGCUACAGAUACAAUUGCAAUGAAUAGAGCCGACCUGAUGCCCAAUUCUACAUGAGCGCUAAUCAUAUGUGUGCUACAAAAUGUGUUUCUAUCUCAGCGUUCUGUAACGUUGCAGCCUUCUGUACUAGGAUCACCAUCUAGCCCUGUGAAAAACUCCAAAUCUGGAAAAGCGUUGGAGCUAAAAUGAUUGUUCCUGAGCUGCACCAGUUUUAAUUGUUAUUGUAGAACUGCAAUAUAUCAGAAAAAGUAUUGUUUAAAUCAGUUCAAUUAUUUUACAGAUGCCUUUGUGUAAGCAGACUGGAACAGGGGUUGGAGGGAUAUUGGUUUUGCUUGAAUAGCAUCCGCGGUUAGUUAAAAUUAUUUGAGGUGAGAACACGCACACAAACACGUCUUGCCACAUACUCGUUGACAAAACGUAUUUUUACACAAAGUAAAAUGGGGAAUAAAAUCUCAGUAACCCAAAUAUAAACUGACUGAACCAUCUAGUGUCUGUGGAGCUGGUUUAACCACACAUGCACGCAUGACUUUACAAGGCUUCUGCAUUUCACACAAGCAGACUGUCUUUGUUACAAAAAUACACAUGAAGUACUGUCAGAGAAUGUCCUGUUUAGCCCUUGAGAUCCAGCUAAAAUGACUGAUAAAAAAAAAUACCGUUUUGCCUCCCCUAUUUGUGGAUGAAUGGGGUAUGACUCACUUGAAGAUGCAUUUUGAUGAUCAAAAAUCAUGUCCUAUUUGGAAGUCAAAUGACUCCAAUGUGUAGAUGAGUUUUAAUUCUGGGUCUUGCUCAGUAAGCAUGAAACAGGGGAUCACAUUUUGAAACGGGGAGAUACUACCUAAACUUAUCCAAUAAGAAAUGCCCAUUUUCUGUUUCCGUUUCAAAACACUUUGCAACGCUGUGCUAUACUGAACACGGCCCUAAUAUGACGCUCACCAUAUGACUGUAGAGCUCACCUUUAUUGUGGACACUGUUUGAUCAGGCACUAUGUCAAGGUCUUCAGAAAGCAUGUGAAUGCUUAUUGUCACUGCAUAGCAUAUCCCAUGUCUUGUUGUUGAUACUGAAUGUUUUUGCAUUGCUCUUGAAUGUAACGUGUAAUGCCAUUGAAUAGGGUUCUGUAGUAGUCAGUCACCCUAAAAGGCAGUCAAGUCAUACAGAUAUACCAGAGUGAGGGAUGCGUGCAGUGCAACUCUAAAAGCACCAUAUUUGACAGGAGAAAUCUUCAUUGCUUAAAAAAAAAACGAUACAAUGACUUAA